UUUUAAAUAAAUAUAAUUUAUUAAAAUCCUUAAUUAUUUUCAUCUUAAUCUCAAUUGUAAAUGGACCUUACAUGCUGAAUGAAAAAGGUAUGAUCACACUUACUCUAAAAUGAACGUAACAUGAACUUAAUAUAUCAUCGAUCUGAAUUAGUUCAAAUAUCGAAUACUGAAAAGAAAAUUGACCAUCCAUUCCCGUCUACCACUUAAGAACCAAAAAUAAGGGAUUUUUUUUUUUUAUAUUAUAAUUUAAAAAAGAGAUAACUUGCCCCAUGUUCUAAUUUCAUCUUACCAUGUUCAAUUCCAACACUAAUAAUAUUAUCAAAAAAUAGAAAUAAAAAAUAUACUUAAAGAAACAGACUGGCUAUGGCUCUUUGCUCUUUCUAUAAGCCAUUCUAUUGGUUGGUCACUUCUGAUUGGGAAUAUUUCUAUUUAGUACAAUAAAAUCUAGAAUAAUUCUAACUUAUCAAUGAAUGAUUAAACCUAAUAUAUAAUGCCAGAUUAAAAUGCAUGAACCUCAUCUGUCACAUUGAGGAAUAGAAUUUGUAAAUAGAAUCAACAAACUUUUUUUUAUUACGUGUCUGGAUUAAUUUACGCACACCUCAAUUAAUUUUACCUAUAUAUAAUAGGUAUUGAAUAACUCUAUGAAGGAAGUCGUUUAAUAUUUUUGCUUUUGCUAAAGUUUGUUUCAUUGACUACUAGACCGAUGAAAACAUUUUAUUCUAAUAUUAAUUGUGCUAAUGAAUCAACUUACACGCACCUCAGCUAGUUCCAUAAAAUAUAUGAUCCCUUAUCCUAGCAAUACGAGUAUAUAUCGUUAUGAAAAGAAGUCAAAUAAUAUUUUUAUCUUUGCUAGAAUUUAAACACGAAACCUCGCGAUUCUGACUACUAAGACACACUAACUAAAGAUUAGAUCAUUUGAUUCUAAUACUAAUUAUAAACUCUUGGGCAAUGAAACUAAAAGCCAACCAAAUUUAGUUAGAACACUAUACUGCUAGAUCACUAAUUAGUGCUUUAUAAAUAUCAGAUUAUUUGUCUUUUCAGCUGUUUUAAUUUAGAGAGUGCCUAAUUAACCAAUAUUUUUUUUAAAAAAAUAUUAAAAAUACUUCUAAAUUUGACGUAAAUUAUUAGUUUCAUUGCCGAAUUAUUGAUGCAACCUCAAAAACAAACUUCUACUUGACUAAAUAAACUUAGAUACACCUCCGAUCUGCUACAUGAUAUAAUAAGUUGUCUCAAACUCUUAUAAGAACAUGCGGCUCUUAAUAAAAAGUGUUAAAAACACCUCUAAACUUUACGAGAAAGUAAGAGUAUAAAUCGCUCAUAUUGCAAGAUGAAUGAUAUAUUUGAGUUUAGUUAAUCAAGUAAAGGACUGUUUUUUAAAGUUGUCAAUAAUUUAGAAAUGAAACUAACCAUUCACGCCAAAAUUACGAAAGAGAACUUUGGUGAUGUGUAAAAAUGAGUUCCACAGAAAAAAUGAUGACACACAUGCAUGCAUAUGAUUGCAAUCCAAAAAAAUAUUAAAAGCAUCAAUGUUCUUGCACAUGAGGCCUUAAUUUCCAUAAUUUUAAGUGAUGAAAACAAAAAAUAACACAUGAUGGAAGAAAACAAGCUGUUGAAUCAAAUCCCCAGCUAAGAAAAUGUUGUCCCAUUAUUUUAAAUAACUUCCAAGAAUUAGUACACUCCCCUCACACCAUAUGGAGCCCAAAAAAUGAGGAAAAAUAUUUCAAGAUUCCAUCAAAAAAAGAUAGCCACACUAUAUAUAGACCUGGAAAACAUGCAAAGUGACAUUUGAUGUCUAAUCUCAAUAGAUAAUAAGCCAAAAACAAGAAUAUAAAGUGGGGAAUGCUCAUUAAGAUAAGAAAGAAAUAAACAAUAAGAGAAAAAAGCUCACCCUUUUUUCCUAAAUGGUAAUAGCAAAUCAUGAAAUAAACUGAACUAUCACCGACUAUCUAUCACAAAAUAUUUUGAAUUUGGUGUUUGUAUUCAAACACUUGGUUAUGUUUUGAUAUAUAGUUUAGGCAAGGAAACACAAACACCUAAUUGUUCAGAUAUGAAACUCGUAAAAAAGUGAUACGACAUGUGUGUUUUUGACCAUGUUACCUCCACAAAAGACAAAUGCUUGCUUUAUGAGGUGAAAGAUAAGAGCUAAGGAAAAAGGUUGGGAGUUUUACAUUAUACUAAAAAAAAUUUAACCUCAUAUAAGAAGCCAAAAGACAGUUGGAUUCAGUGCAUAUAUCUCACAUGAAUUUAAAAGUUCUUAUAUGUAAAGAGUACUGUGAGAGGGCCUCUUUUUAUCUAAUCAAGAAGAUUGGGACUUACUUAGCUAUUUCUGGUGUGGGGCAUUCUUCUUUGUACUGCCAUUUCAGAACUUGCUUCUCUAUUUAUGAGAUAGACACUGUGAGUAAAUAGGAUGAUAUUUCAGGUGUGACAGAUAAGUAUAACAAGUGAACAUGCAUGGAGGAUAUGAGUAAAGGUUAGAGUCUUUUUUGUUCUUUUUUUCUUUGAGUUUUUCGAUUAGUGAGCGUAAUGGAGUAUCCUAAACAUCCUGGAGGAACAGAAGAAUGCAACAGCAAUGAGUCAGGUUGGACGAUGUAUAUCGGUUCACCUUACCGUGAGUAUAAUGAUGAAGACGAUGAUGAAGGAACUCCGAUGAAGGGUGAUGAUCAUGUUGAAGAUGGUGGUAGCGAUGAUUCCAUGACUUCGGAUGCUUCAUCUGGUCCAAGUCAUCAAGGAGUAGUACUAUGCACAAACGUAGAGCAAAUUUAUGGAAAGCAUGUGGAAAAAGAUAACAGGAAGUUCUCAAGUAAGGAACAAUUACAGCAACAAAAACAGGCAAAGAAGAAAUUGUCUGAUAAGAAUACAAAAGCAGCAAAAGAAGAUUCAGGACAUAAAGCAAAGAGUGGCAAAGGUUAUGGUUAUUGCAGAUCAACAACAAGAGGAAAACAUGUGAGUUAAGAGAAAAAAACCGAGACGCCACGAUCACUGUAAAUUAAAUCCUUCUGCUUUGAUUCCCAUUUCUGAUAUCAAAUUUAGAUUAAAAUCUUGAAGUAUUUCACCUUUGUUAUUAGAGAUCCUGUAUAAGAUUAGGCAAACCUAUUCAGCUCAUGAACAACAAAUGUAAUACAUAAUAUAUCUUAUAAUGUCAUGAUUUAAGAGUCUGUCAUUCCUGAUGUAAAUUUUCACAUAUAUUCAAAUGUUAAGUUUUCAUCUCUUUCGUCUCAACUGAUAAAUCUCAUGAAUCAGUCACUCUAUGAAGCAGGAAAUUGAGGAA